AUGAGGGCUCUGCCCAAAAAAACCAUAUUUUUGAAGCUGCGUUCCAACAGUUCGACAAAGUCGCUCAAAGGAGUUUCUUUUACUGCUAUUGCUAAACGCAUGUUUUUCACCUCAAUGGUAGAUUCCAACUAUUCAAGCAAAAUUUCUCAAAUUAUCCGCGCUAUUAAUAGCGAGGUUUCGGAUGAUAACAGAUGUGGGAUUCAUACCAUUGCUAUCAAAUCUGCUCUGAACUUGGAAACUUCUGUUGCCACUUCCCUCAUUAGCUUCGAUCUUCAUCUGAAUGAUUUGGAAAGUGCAAGAUCUCUCUUUUAUUUCAUGCCUAAAAAAGAUUUCAUAUCAUGGAACGCUAUAAUAUCCGGCCUCUGCAAGUGCGGAGCGUUCAUGGAAGCUAUAAACUUAUUUCGCUCAAUGCAAUUAUGUAUUUAUGAUCAUAACCUUGUCUCUUUUUUAAGUGUUCUGCCUGCUUGCGCAAAUACCGGAUGGUUGCGAUAUGGAAGGCAGAUUCAUGGAAGUACUGUAAGGAGGGAACUUCCUUUGGAAACUAGUCUUCAGAACUCCCUUAUUGAUUCAGAGCGCUAUAUUCCUUGCCAGAAAUCCAGCAUUUCAGUCCAGGACAAAGCACAUUCAGAUCAGAGGUGGAGGAUUCAUGGAGUGAUGGAGGGGAUCAGUUUGAGGAAGGAGAUGAUACGGCCUGUGUAUCGGUCUCCAAGUGGGAGAUUGUUAGGGCUGGAGCCCGAUUACGACACCCCCGCCUCCCCUUAUUCGCGAAUCGACACUUUCUGCUCCCGUUUGGCUCCCGAUCGCGAUCCGGUCUCCGCCUCCGCCUCCCGUCUCCCGCACGCGCGAAGCUUCGCGUUGCUUUGCCCGUUACUCCUUUGUCGCGAAAGAACAGAAAAAGCUGAGAUCUUGUUCAGCAGUCUUCAGGAAAAAGACCUCUUUUGUUGGAGUUCCAUGAUAAAUGGUUAUGGCAUCAAUGGGCAUGGAGAAAAGGCGAAUCUUUGCUUUUCCAGAAUGAUAGAUCAUGGAUGGAAGUCGAACGAGAUCGUGCUCAUCUCUCUUCUGUCAGCAUGCAGCCACAGUGGUCUUCUCAAUGAGUGGUGGAAGUGGUUUAGUUCAAUGGAGGAGAAAUUUGGCGUCAUUCCUUGUCUUGCACAUUAUGCUUGCAUGGUGGACUUGUUAGGCAGCGAAGGAAAGGUGGAGAGUGCACUGGAGUUAGUAAGGAUGAUGUCGUUUGAGUCUGAUGCUAGUAUAUGGACGGCAUUGCUGAACUGGUGCGGAACCAGUGAUGGUGAUCUUAAAGUUACUGAAGUUACAACAGAAAAGCUUGUUAGUAUUGAUUCUAGAUGA